GCGUUUUUGUUUAGAAAUCAAUUAUCUUUAAGAUGGAAAUAACUUUGAAUACAAAUCGAACCUUCCCUACUUCACCCUGCACACACUAGUUGCUGAAAGCUCCAUCCGUCAUAGUGCAGCACCAGGAAAUGGAGGAGCUGUGAUGAUGAUGAGUGUGUCGCUGUGGUCGAGAAAGGCAGCAGAACUGGGAGUGGAAACCAGCAAGCAGCUCCAGGCGACAGCGACAACUCUGAACACAUUGCAGGUCUCGUGCAUCAAAAGGGGAAAAUGAGCGAAGCGAAUCAGCCCAAAGUUGAACUUUUUGUGAAGGCAGGGAGCGAUGGUCAGAGCAUCGGCAACUGUCCCUUCUCCCAGCGUCUCUUCAUGGUGCUGUGGCUGAAAGGAGUCACCUUCGAUGUUACCACAGUGGAUAUGAAGAGGAAGCCAGACAUCUUGAAGGACCUGGCUCCGGGUGCCCAGCCUCCCUUCCUGUUGUACGGCAGCGAGGUGAAAACAGACACCAAUAAGAUAGAAGAGUUCCUGGAGGAAAAUCUCAGCCCUCCGAAAUAUCCCCGUCUGGCUGCUCGUAACCCAGAGUCCAACACAGCAGGCAUGGAUGUUUUCUCAAAAUUCUCUGCUUACGUCAAGAACUCAAACCCUCAGGCCAACGAAAAUCUAGAGAAAGGCCUGCUGAAGGCUCUAAAGAAGCUGGACGACUACCUUGGCUCACCACUUCCUGACGAGAUUGACGAGAAUAGCGACGAUGAGCUCACUUCCUCCUCCCGCCCCUUCCUGGACGGCCAAGAGCUUACUCUGGCUGACUGCAACUUGCUGCCUAAGCUCCACAUCGUGAAGGUGGUGUGUUUAAAAUACCGAAACUUCAGCAUCCCUCAGUCUCUGACAAACCUCUGGAGGUACCUGAACGCAGCGUACGCCAGGGAGGAGUUUGCCUCUACCUGCCCGAUUGACGAGGAGAUCCACAUUGCCUACUCCUCUGUAGCUAAAGCUCUCAAGUAGCAGCACAGCGGGAUGCACACGUCCUACACCAGUAUAAAAACUCACCUGCACACACUCCGCAAGAAACUUGGUCGAUCUGUUUCUCAAGAGCCUUCACUGCAUCAUGCAUAUGUCCUUUUUUUGCAGCUUUAAAAGUUAAUAUGACCUUUUUUAUAAUGUUUAUUCCAUAUAGCUAGUGUUCCUGUCAUCAAACUAAACUCUUAGGUUUGUUUUAGAGAUGUAGUUUUCCAGCUUUUUGUUUGCCAAAUGGAUUAGUUUACAUCAGAGGGGAAAUGAGGAAGCACAGGAGUCAGAUAAGCUGAUGCAAAAACAAAUACAUGCACACAAA